GUUCCAUAUCGAUAUUUGUGACAAGUAUUUCGGGUCAUCCCUAAUGGCGCGCAGUAUAAAAAUUUACAUUUAGCACCGUGAAUUAUUUUUGUCAAAUUCUGUAAUGAAGAUCGAAAAGGUUAUGGUCGUGAUUCUUCCAUAUUGAAACAGAUUUUUUUAGAUGAGUUUUGAUUGUUAAGUUCUUAAUUUAGCAAAGUGGAAUCUUUCACAAAAUGCAGAACGAGUUACCUGUGGACACGGAAUUCCCUGUAUGGGGCUUACUACCUAAAAGGGAGACAGGAGUGGUCUCAUUUUUAUCUAAAUACCCAUCAUAUGAUGGUAAAGGUAUUAUUAUUGCAAUCCUGGAUUCGGGCGUCGACCCUGGGGCACCCGGUUUGCAGGAAACUUCUGAUGGAAAACCUAAAAUAAUAGAAAGAUUUGACUGCAGUGGUUGUGGAGAUGUUAAUACUAGCACGCUUGUAUCAGCUGAAGAUGGGUACAUUACGGGUCUUACUGGAAGAAAAAUGAAGAUUCCAAGUAAUUGGAACAAUCCCUCCGAAACAUAUAGAAUUGGUGUAAAAAAUGCUUUUGAUUUAUAUCCUGAUCGGUUGAAGGAACGCGUAAAGUCAGAAUAUAAGAAGAAAAAGUGGGAAGAAGGCCAGAGGAAAUUAAUCAGUGACCUGAAUCGUGAUCUAUCUAAUUUAGAGACUUCACAGAACAGCAAUAGUUCCAAUGAGAAUGAAAAGCACGAAAAAGAAGAUUGUGAAGCUAAAUUAGAUGUAUUGAAUAAUCUUGACAAGAAAUAUUAUGAUUCUGGGCCAGUAUAUGAUUGCAUUCUUUUCAAUGAUGGUUCAAAAUGGAUGUGCUGCAUUAAUACAAGUGCAGAUAAUGAAUUAGCGAAUUGUCCUGUCUUAGGAGAGUAUAGUGUUACUCAUGAAUAUUUGCCAUUAACGAAAUUGGAUAGUCUCAACUUUAGCUUUAAUGUUCAUGAUAAUGGAAAUGUGCUCGAGUUAGUAGGAGUGUGUUCUAGUCAUGGCACACAUGUAGCUUCAAUAGCCUCUGCUUAUUUCGCCAAUGCACCAGAACAAAACGGCAUUGCACCAGGCGCCCAAGUAAUAUCACUCACUAUUGGAGAUGGCAGGUUAGGCUCGAUGGAGACAGGCACCGGAUUAAUUAGAGCUAUGAUUAAGAUUCUUGAGCUAAAGCAAAAAAUGGAUGUCCAUGUUAUUAAUAUGAGUUACGGAGAACACGCGCAUUGGGUGGAUGCAGGGCGUAUUGGAGAUUUAGUGAAUGAAAUUGUCAAUAAAUAUGGAAUAAUAUGGGUGUCAUCUGCUGGUAACAAUGGGCCAGCAUUAGGUACUAUCAGCACUCCUUCAGAUAUAGAUGACGAACCUAUAAUCAGUGUUGGCGCCUACGUAUCUCCUGAAAUGAUGGUGGCGGAAUAUGCCAUGAAGCAAAAGCUGUCAGGAGCUCCAUACACGUGGUCUUCUAGAGGUCCAACUGUUGAAGGUGGUGUAGGAGUUCAUAUAUGCGCUCCGGGCGGUGCAAUUACCUCAGUUCCCAAUUUUACAUUGCGCUAUUCGCAACUUAUGAAUGGCACCUCUAUGGCUUCUCCAAGUUGCGCUGGCGCAAUUUGUCUUCUUCUCUCAGGCAUAAUUCAAGAAAAUUGUUACUAUUCUCCAUAUUUGGUCCGAAGAGCCUUAAUGAAUACUGCCAAUUUCAUAGCAGGUGUUGAAAUUCCAGCUCAAGGAGCGGGACUAAUACAAGUCGAUAAAGCUUUCGAUUAUCUUAUCGCUUAUCAAAGCAUUCGCGAAAGGAACGUGCGUUUCCAGUUGCAGUGUGGUUCAAGCAGUACCAAGGGAAUUUACCUACGUACCAAAACGAACAGCAAAAAGCACAUUUUUAAAGUUAGUGUUGAACCUCGGUUUUUGAAUGAAGAUGAAGUUUCAGCAGAGGAAAAGAUCAAUUUUAACAUGAAGCUGGCUUUGACAUGUCCACUAGAAUGUGUUCAAUAUCCAAAGCAUUUAGAUCUGUCUAAUGUUGCGAGAACGUUUGGGAUUGAUAUAGACACAUCUGCAUUACCAGAGGGACUGCAUUCAACUUUUGUCAGUGCUUAUGAUACAGCAUGCGUUAGUAAAGGUCCAGUAUUUCAAAUUCCUGUCACAAUAAUUCAGCCAAGUGAAGUUCCUGACCAAAAGUUCAUUCUUAAAUAUAGUAGUAUUCCAUUUAAGCCCAACACAAUCAAGAGGCAUUAUUUUGUUGUACCGUCAGCAGCAACGUGGGCCGUAUUAAAGCUGACUUCGAAUGAGGACAGUGGACGUUUCGUCAUACAUACAAUGCAGUCGCUUCCCAGGCAGCAUUGUAAGUCUUUGGAAACAGUGAAAAUUGUGGCUGUGACUUCAAAGACUGACACGUACGUUAGUUUCCAAGUUAAAGGGGACAUCGUUUUAGAAGUAGUCAUUGCUAAAUAUUGGGCAAAUACUGGUGAAGCGACAUUGGAAUAUAGCAUUGCCUUCUAUGGCGUCAAACCUAAUCAGCCACUAAUCAACAUGCAUAGUGCCGACGGUAUACAUACAGUAGAAGUUAAAACCCUACAGGGUGAAGAGAUUUCUCCAACCAUUUCAUUGAAAAAUUCCGUGCAAAUAUUGAAGCCUUCAGAAGGAAAAAUUACCCCUCUCACUGAUCGUGAUGUUAUUCCUCCUAACCGACAAAUCUACGAACUAGUACUGGUUUAUAAUUUCAGUAUUUCAAAGCCUUGCGAAGUAUCACCCAAUCUAUCUUUGCUUAGUCAUAUGCUCUAUGAAUCUGAGUACGAGUCGCAACUUUGGAUGCUAUUUGAUGCAAACAAGCAGCUUUUAAGUAGUGGUGAUGCUUAUCCCUCUAAGUAUACCGUGAAACUUGAGAAAGGCGAAUAUACGAUACGAUUACAAGUAAGGCACGACAAAAGGGAUUACUUGGAAAAAAUUACAGAUGCUUCUUUACUAUUGCAACAAAAAUUGGCUAGUAGCAUAGUGAUGGAUGUCUAUUUGACUUACUCCCAAGCCCUUAUCGGAGGAAAAAAAGCUGGGGUUACCUACAACGCCAAUCCACAUACGAUUGUUCCAUUCUAUAUCGCCCCAUUGGCUUCUGAUAAAUUUUCUAUUAAAUCAAACAAUAUGGCUCAUUAUCUCUCCGGAACCAUAACAUAUGCUAAAGAUGAAAUUGGUAAGAAAGUCGACGUUUAUCCAAUCAAAUACUUUUUAUCAGACAAUAGUAGUCCUAAAAAAACCGGUUCAAAUGGUGGGGGAGCUCCAGUGCUAGAUAAAUCCAAGAAAGACGAGUAUAAUGAUGCUUUGAGAGAUUUGAGCAUUAAUUGGAUUUCUAAACUAGAUAAAGAAGGAGGCGAGAAAUUGUACUGCGAAUUACUGAAAAAUCAUCCAAACAAUUUGCCAAUUCAUUCCUCCUAUUUGCAAAUGCUUGAUCCUCUAGACAAGAGAAUAUUGCCAGCUUUACGGAAAAAGCCAUCUGUUACUGCUGAUGAUUUAAACAAAAUCGCCAAUACGUGCGACAAAGUGCUAAAUAGCCUAAAUGAAGAAACGAUAUUGGCUUCUAUGGCUGUUAAAACGGAUUUGCGAGUCGAUGCUGUUAAGGUCAAAAUACAAGCAGAGCAGCAAAAGAAUAUUUAUCUGGAGUGUUUGGCACGGAAAGGGAUAGCUUUGUCUCGGUUAAGUUUGUUAGACGAAAGCGGUGAUAAUCAGCAUCAGGAAAUAGCAAACGUAUGGAAAUCACUCGUAAAAUUUGUUGAUCCUAGUGAUGCAAAGAUUCUAACAUCUCAUGUAUUGUUUUUUGCAAUUUGGCAUGCGUUUGUGAAUCAACACUAUGGAAGACUUUUAAAAUUCAUGUUUAAAAUGCAAGAAGAUAAGUCCAGUGAGGAGCUGGAAAGGAGAAUUAUAGAUAUAUGUCAGGAAUUAAAAUGGAAACAUGUGGUCGAAUAUUUAGAGAGAGGACUACCUUCAAAGUUUCCCAAUUCGUAUAGACCAUUUUAGUUUUUGUUAAGUAAACAUUUAUUACUACAUAUAUCAUGAACUGGUUUGAACUAAAAUUAAUAAGUCAUAAAGUAAUUCAUUUCAUAUUUCUUUUAGUUCAUCUUAAUUUUAUAGAUAUUAAGAGAAAAUUGUAAAAUUAAACUGUCUUUGGCACAGUUAUAUUUUUAGACCAUUUCUUGGAGAAACAGCCUAGUUAAUUGCACUAAAUUGCAGCUGGUGGUCUCAUAAAAGUCACAAAGUUCGACUUUACGACUAAUGCUUCAAGUUAUUUGGGUCAGUGAAAUACGAUUCUUUAUACAUAUGCACUUUAUGUACAGUGAAUCAAUUGAGCUAGUACGAUAGAUAUUUUCAAAUAAAAAAAUAUAUGUUAAUCCUAAUUUCAAUAAUAAAAUAUCACAAUUACAA